GAGAAGUCGCCUGGAAUCCCACCUUCAUCUUCUCCUCCUUCGGCUCUGCUGAGGCACCUUUGCCUUCUGCCCCCCAUCCUCCUCCGGAUACAGCUCAGGCCAAGACUAUAGUGGUCGAUCCCCUUAAUCCAACCCAAGAGUUGGCCAAAGAAGUGACGGAAGUUCUGGAGGCCGUUGGUCCGGAAAGGUUGGAGUCCCCUUUGGCUCGCGUGAGCUCCUUUCCUCUAAGCCAGGGUGAAGGGACAGGAUACGGGCUCAUCGACAGCGGUGCCACCGCUGCUCUCCGUACUGGAUCACAGGCGGAGAUAGCCGCAGCAACAGCGGUCAGCGUGCAACUUGCGGUAGGCAAAGCACGUUGCUCCAUGACGUGGACUGACCGAGGCUGUUCUGUGAGACAUCCUCGUAAGGGCCUGUUGCCGGUUCGCCUCAGCCACCAAUGCCCCGAGCUCCCCGUAGAUCUGGUGCUGGAACUCAUCCGUGACCAUGAGGAGUUUCUGGAACAGAAGCGCGCCACGCAGGUCCAGGCAAAGACGGCCGUAGCGACCGCGCUUCAUGCCCCAGUAGAUAUUUGUGAUGACCCGACGUCGUGGGUCCGCUCGCAGAUUCAUAAUGGUCAGCUAAGCAUGGCUGCGCAGGCACAAUGGUUGGCUAGGCUCUUUCCAGAGUUGGCGCAGCGAAUUCUUGAGCGGGUGAUCUGUCCGGUUGGUUUUAAUGUGGACCGAGCGUAG